AUGGGGCGGGUCAGGUCCCUUUUGUGGGAUGCCAUGGUGUUGUGGCUGUGUUCCCGUGGUGAGCGCCAUUACUUAGCUAUGGAGGGUAAUGGCUCUGGUGGAUCUGUGCUUGCACGACGGCGCUGGUGUAUCGCCGACGUGCGCGCGGACGCCGGCUCGACCACCUUCCUCGCCGGCACCCUCAGCCUCAAGGAGGAGAACGAGGUGCACCUAAUCCGGCUUUCGCCGGCGGAGAGCGAGCUGGUGUGCGAUGGCCUCUUCUACCACCCCAACGAGAUCUAG